AUGGCAAAUUUACAUUCAAAUUCCCCUGCUUCCCCUUCUUCGACGGCUCGCGAUCGUCUUUCCUCCAUCUCCUCACACAUCAUGGGUCCCUCCAAUCCCUCCGUCUUCACCACCUCCACGGUGGCUGCCGCCCCCGAAGAUCCUCUCUUUGGCCUGAUGAAGGCUUAUCGGGAGGAUCCCUCGGACAAGAAGGUUGAUCUGGGCAUUGGUGCCUACCGCGACAACAAUGCGAAGCCCUGGAUCUUGCCUGUUGUUAAGAAGGCCGAUGACGCCAUCCACAAUGAUCCCACUCUCAACCACGAAUACCUCUCCAUCGGCGGUCUGCCCGAUCUCACAGCAGCAGCCCAGAAGCUGAUUGUCGGCGCCGACAGCCCCGCCAUCAAAGAGAAACGGAUCUGCACCCUCCAAACCAUCUCGGGCACCGGCGCCGUCCACCUAGGCGGCCUCUUCCUUGCCAAAUUCCACCCCCAAAAACCAACAGUCUACCUUUCCAACCCAACAUGGGCCAACCACCACCAAAUCUUCUCCAAUGUCGGCCUAAACAUCGCUACAUACCCCUACUUCUCCACCCAGACUAAAGGCCUUGAUUUCAAUGGCAUGAUGCAAUCUAUCCAGAACGCCCCCAACGGCUCCGUCAUCCUCCUGCACGCCUGUGCUCACAACCCCACAGGCGUGGACCCCACCCAAGACCAAUGGCGUGAGAUCGCCGCUGCCAUGCGCGCGCGCUCUCAAUUCCCCUUCUUCGAUACAGCAUACCAGGGCUUCGCAUCCGGUGACCUGAACCGGGAUGCAUGGUCAAUCCGAUACUUCAUCGAGCAAGGGUUUGAGCUCUGUGUCGCGCAGUCCUUCGCCAAGAACUUCGGUCUCUACGGUGAGCGCACGGGUGCGUUCCAUUUUGUUUCGGCGCCUGGUGCGGACGCGUCGACUGCUACUGCGCAUGUAGCUAGUCAGCUUGCUAUCCUGCAGCGGUCGGAGAUUUCUAAUCCCCCUGCUUAUGGGGCGCGAAUUGCGAGUCGGAUUUUGAAUGAUCCUGUAUUGUUUAAGGAGUGGGAGGAUGAUUUGAGGACAAUGAGUGGUCGGAUUCUGGAGAUGCGGGCUGGUUUGCGGGAGAGGCUUGAGAAGAAGGGGACGCCUGGCUCUUGGGAUCAUAUUACCUCGCAGAUUGGUAUGUUCUCGUUCACGGGAUUGAGUGAGGCGCAGGUUAUGACUUUGCGGUCUAAGUGGCAUGUUUAUAUGACUAAGAAUGGUCGUAUUUCAAUGGCUGGUCUGAACACAAAUAAUAUCGACUACUUCGCUGAAGCUGUUGAUAGUGUUGUGCGUGAGAGUUUGUAG